UAAGAACAAAUAGACAUCAGUACAUCAAAACUCGUCGGCUGUCUUAUUAAUUCAGUUGAUGUUUGAUCGAUGACUAAGGUUAAUUGGGUCUCAUCACAUUACGUAGUAAAGCUGAAAAGAGUUGCGUUUUGCCUACACUAGACUAGUCUCUCUGACGCGCAACAAGUCCAACCUUUACAAAAUUCCGGGUCUUGAAAUCUGGGUGACAAUAUCUUAAACAAUGUCCACAAACGCCAAUAUGAAUAGUAAAGAGGAUUAUAAUGGUGGCGAUGGAAAACAUCUUUUAUCGAAUCUCCCUCUUGAGAUAUGGAUCAACGUUGGGAAGCAGGUAUUUCUUUCGAAAAGCUUUUGUUUCUCCACCCGUGUACACUCUCCUGAUUAACCGCAAUUAUUAGAUGCACACUUUACAAUUGUUCAAAUCUCUAGGAGCUAUCGCCCAGACCUGUAAAUUCUUUUCAGAUAUCUUCGUGCCAAUACUUUAUUCUCGAAGAAUUAUCUACGUCGAUGAACGCUGGCAAUCAAACCUCCCUGUCGUCAACAAUAACAGCAUCCUUCCAAGUACUCUUAUCCAUGCGAAGGACUUGGAGUUCCACUUCACCAAAAGCAUCAUGAUUUUAGAUGGUAUUACCGGAUAUGAAGGAUUCGAUGAAUUCGUUGCAAAAGUCUUGAGCAGGACACCAAAUCUUCGGUCUUUUCGGUAGGUCACGAAGUCUCAGCAUUCUUAACUACGUUUACAGCAUUCCCUAACAAAGUUGGAGAGUCUAGACAUAUGUUCUCUGUGAAGUCUCGCAGGCAUGUCUCGACAUGCAAAUGAUGAACAAGGUUAAGAUGUAACAUUUGUAAUCAAAUCUAUUUUGUGUUCCCUUUGCUUGUGCAUUCACGUCGUGGUAUAUACUCCUUUGUGCAUCGACCAUAAUUAUACUGACGAAUGCAUUUCAGAUGGUCUGAUCAGAGUUUGCCCGGUAGCAGCCUCCAAAAUCUCCCUUUGCGAGAACGGGGUAAUAUGGAAAAGUUGAGAAGAAAUCCAAAGCUUAGACAUCUAUGGAUUGAGUUUUCUACUGAUCUUAACGGGAAAAAAUAUGCCGAAGCCAAUCGCUGGUGUUCCUUGGAGGGCUUUUGCAACUUGACAUCCCUUAAUCUUCACAAUUUUUAUGGUAACAAUUCUCAAAUAACAGAUGAACUUGCUCAAUGCCUAGUCAACUGCCCGAACCUAAAAUCCUUGGGGAUAAGCCUAGGGUCUCAUUAUGAUUGGAAAACGCUUGGUGGUCCGGUCGUCAAAGAUGAGACCGACAAUUUUCUGGAACAACUGUGCUCGCUCUACGGAGAUCGUUACGAUAGCCGCCCCUUAGAUCUCCAUACACUGCGCUUAGGAUUUGGAGCAUCUCCUUAUGCACCCAAGAUGAGAGAUAAUCAGAAUUAUCUCCAAAACCUUGUCUGCACAAAAGGAUUGCUAUCCCUGGAGUUUUACAAUGGUCUGUGGGUUGAACACCUUGAAGGUGUGCCAAAAGAUGUCUUACCUAUUGAUUUUCAGCUUCUGGAAGGGUGCGAAUCACUCACUCAUCUUUCCAUGACUGGAUUAGAAGGCGAUGUCAUAGAUUGGCUAAGCAAUAGAAAACGAUUCUCGAUCCGGACGAUGUCAACUGCGAGUUAUUCCCAUUUCUCAGAUGAAAUAUCCUUUAAAUUAGAUCUUCCAAAUCUUUCAACACUGGUCACUCAUAAUCAAGCACCUAGACCCGUGAAUGAAGAUGGAGAUGUUCCUCCUUUGGAUCCGUCUUCCGUGCUACACCAUGCUGUUUCGAAGUAUACUAUUCUGGAUAAUCUUCUGAACAAGGGUUCACAGCUUACUAGUCUUACGUUAUGUAUUCAUUACGAGAUUCAAUGGGUAUGUAGCUUCUUCACUGGCCUAUCUGGAGAUGCUAACCUUGGUAGGAAAAUUUCUGUAGUCAAUUAGCAAAUCUAAAUUUAUUGACUCAUCUUCGAUUGAAUGACCUUUUUCGAGGAGGGAUUUCACUGCCAAUACAGCCUUCGUUAUCCUUCAAGAAUGCGACAAGUUAUCCGGAUAGGGCGUACUAUUAUGCACAGGAAAUAUCUAAAUUAUGUCCUUCUUUAAGAUACCUCAUGAUUUCUUUCUCUCGCAAACCGCCAGCUGCUUGGGAAAUCAUACCGGGUGGUGAUGGUGUCCGAGAUCGGCGAUUUCGAACAUUAAGUGUCGACGAGUUAAAUACAUUCGAACUAUUCUCCGAUGAUUUUGAUGAAUUAGAAAAGCCGACGGGUCUUCUUCUAGAAUCCCAAUGGGAGAAAGCACGACCAUAUCCAUAUCUACGAUGGGCUCCACAUGAUGCCCAUGAUGAACAAACAACGAGCCGGUGGUAGCAUUCAGCUAGUGUGGCUGAAAAUGGAUACUGUCCACAAUCCCCUUCAACAUGUAAUGCUAGACACUUUAUAUUUCCACGCAUUUCAUCGGUUUUCGAGCAAGUAUGACCGUCAAGACUUGCUUGAAAGUUGUAGAAGCCCCCAGCCUCCACCAACAUAUUUUGGCACUCGGUGACUUCGAGAAGAUUUAACUGUGCUGGGACGGAGUUAUAUAGUGGCAUAAAAAGAACCUUCAACAAUGCAAAGAAUCAGUGAAAGCUUAUAGUCAAAUGGAACGUUCGUCUUGCCUUAUUUCUAAUCUUCACUGAUGCCAAUGCUAGCAUUCCAUAUCUAAUAUCGGAAAGUCCGACAUAACAAAUGGUACCGAAGUUAUCACUCUUCCAAAGAUUCUUCGAUGAACCAUGCAAGUCUGUUGACGGUAUAGUCAAGUCACUGUAAUGAAUUUUACAGCGCAAUUGUUGAUAUCUUCUGACUUCAAAAAUGCCCAGUA